AGUCUCACUCGAGCCGCGCGUCGAGCAGUUUCGAGUUCGCCUCCGCGCGCUCCGACGACCCUCUGCUGCCGCGUGACUUUUUGCCUUCUUUUAUAGUUCACGCCAUACGUACGACUUAUUUUAUUUCGUUGCGAGGACAUUGUUUUUCGAACACAGUGCGAGAAUUUCUCCACGGAGAUGAUGACAAACAUGUGACAAACGAAAGAACGAAUGACAGUUCGGAGUUUUUUGUUUUUUUAAUCUCGAUAAUAGUUCCAGCAUCGCGGAAAAGAGGGAAGAUUGACAAUCGAGGGCAUUGUGCGCUAGAAUAAAAAGCCGCGCUCAGACAGCCGUGCAAUUUCGCUCUGCCUCACGUGCAGCGGCGCUCGAUAUACGCUCGCGCUCGCGCGCGCGAUAAUACAAAAGUGAAAUUGACAUUCCAGUGCGCGUCUCGAAAGAAGAAUAAUCGCGUGAACAACAGACGAGCGCACGUGUGUCCGUAUACUCGCGCGAGCGCGUGUGUGUAUAGAGGCGUUUGUAAACGCUCGAGGGUCAGAGCUCGCGCAAAGCGCCGCGUGAGUUCGAACGCGAUCGUCCGUGACUUUUUGGGGUGUACAUGCAUAUACGUAUAGGUGCAGUGCGAAGGCCGUCAGCGCAGCCGAAAAGUGAUGUGUUACUCCUGGAUAUCCUGUAAAUAGACGAGUCAGUAAGUUACGGUAGAAUUUAAAUCAGCCAAUAUAAUCUCGGUUGGAGUUUUCAAAGUGUGGGAUCGGAAGGAAGGAGUAAUCAAGCUGAAGCGCAUUCACCUGACAGUCAAUAGCCAAGAGCCAAUGAGUAGUAGGCGCAGACAGCAACAGCAUGGCAAGGCGAGAGGGUCGCGGCCGGCGAAUCGAUCAGGGAUGAGGUGCCGAUCGUUGAGGAGGGCCGACGUUUCCGCCUAAUGGCCGUCAACAUGCCGGCCCUCGGCAACUAUCGCGGGAUCCUCGCCCUCGCGCUUCUGUCCUUGUCCACGAGCUUGCAAGCACUGGAUCUAGGACAAUGCACGGCGGCGCUGGGCAUGCAGAGCGGCGAAAUACCGGACGAGGACAUCACCGCAAGCUCGUUCUACGAUCCCAGCCUUGGACCGAAGCACGCCAGAUUGCACAACAACAACGGCGGUGGCGCCUGGUGCCCGAAGGACAUGGUAACGAAGGAGCCGAAGGAGUACCUCGAGGUGAACCUCCGCAGUCCACGGGUGAUCACGUCGACUCGUACUCAGGGCCGCUACGGCAAUGGUCACGGAGUCGAGUACACCGAGGAGUACUACAUCGAGUACUGGCGGCCUGGCUUUAGCGAGUGGCGUCGCUGGAAGAACCGGCGUGGAAUGGACUUACUGGUGGGAAACGACAAUCCAAAGACGGAGAAGGAGCAGGUCUUCGAUCCGCCCGUAGUGGCGACCAAAAUCCGCUUCAUCCCCUACACGUCGCACAUACGCAUCAUCUGCAUGCGGGUGGAACUUUACGGCUGUCCUUGGACCGAGGGUCUGGCCUCGUACUCGAUGCCUCAAGGUGUGCUGCGCGGCUCGGAGCUGGAUCUCACGGAUCGCACGUACGACGGUGUCGAGGAGGACGGCCUGCUCAGCGGAGGCUUGGGUCAGCUGGCUGAUGGGCAGAAGGGGGCCGACAAUUUUUUUCGGCUCGACGUCAACGGAAAUGGUAAAGGAUACGAGUGGGUCGGCUGGAGAAAUGACACGCCGAACAUGCUGGGACAACCCGUGGAAAUAACUUUCGAGUUCGAUUACGGGAGAAACUUCACGGCGAUGCAUCUGCAUACCAGCAACUUCUUCACCAAAGACGUUCAGGUGUUCAGUCACGCAAAAGUCUACUUCAGCAGCACCAGCAGUCUGUUCAACGGUGAACCAGUGCAUUUCUCCUACAUACCAGACCUCAUGUUCGAGCAAGCUCGCGACGUAACGAUAAAGUUGCACUCGAGGGCCGGUCGUUUCAUCAAACUCCAGUUAUACUUCGCCGCGCAUUGGAUCAUGCUCAGCGAGGUCUCCUUCGAAUCCGUCGUCUCGGAAUGGAAUAACAGCACUGAAGAAGAAGAAGUAGCGAAAACAAAAAACGUCACGACGGUACCGACGACAGGAAUUCCUUUUCAGAAUAAUGAGGGUCCUCUUCAAAGAGACGAAGUAAAGACCACUUUCAACAAAGACGAGGCCAACUACAGUGCAUUUCCUGACAAAAGCAAAGAGCCGGAGUCGAGGCAGUUAAUCGGAUUAGUGAUAGGAAUAUUAACGACCGUCAUCGUGAUGCUUCUGGCCGCCAUCACCUUCAUCUUCUACAGAAACCGCCGACUUAAGGCCGCCCUCGCACCCACGACUUUCUUCGACCAUCAGGGCGAUCUCAAGGUCUCGGUGGAGGAUAGCGGCGGCGCGGACAAGGGACCAAUUUGCCCCCCGCUUCCGUUGCAGUACCAUCCGAGCGCUUACGCCGUCGCGACCAGCAGUACCACCAGCACCACUACUCCGCAGCUUCACAAAACCGGCGCAUCGUCGGAGCAUCCAGUAAUUCCACUGCUACUCAACGCGGCGAUCAAUCUGAACCGGCCAAUUCCGCCGGUACAGGAGUACCCGUCGAACGCGCCUCCCAUUCCGCCGCCGCCGGAAAAGUAUUACGCCAGCACGGAAAUCUGCAAGGUGAGCUGGUCGACGACGAAAAAAGAAAAGAAGAAAAAGCCUGAAGAGACGCACAUUCGACAUGCGAGCUCUCGCUAUACGGCAUCAAAGAGCCCACCGCUGCCCCCACUGCCGGCGUCGCCGAACCCGAGCUGUACGCCUCCGCCGCGCAGCGGCAAGGCUUCCAGCACUUUGAACAGCUACAGUCCCGAGGAUAUGCUAACGGAAGACGAGGACGAGGCAGUAGUGCUUGCCGCCGGGCUCCUCGACUGCAUAAUCUUCGACUUCCCACGCGAGAGGCUCAACAUCGCCGAGAACCUCGGCAGUGGCUACUUCGGCGACAUACACAUCUGCGAGGUUGACCGGUUUCCCGGCUACGAGGAGGUCUUCCGCAACACCAGCAGCGACCUCGUCGUCGUCAAGUCGCUCAGGCCGGGCUCAUCCGAGGUGCUUAGGAUAGAAUUUAGGCAAGAAGCAAAAAGACUGGCGCGACUCAACGAUCGAAAUGUCGCGCGGUUACUCGGUGCCAGCCUCGACGAUGACCCGAUGUGCAUCGUUCUGGAAAACGGCGAGUACGGAGACCUAAACCAGUACCUGCAAAGUCACGUGGCAGAGACGACCACUGUGCAAACGGCAAAAACGCUGAGCUUCGGCACUCUGAUAUACAUGGCUACGCAAAUCGCAUCCGGCAUGAAGUACCUCGAGGAAAUGGACUUUGUGCAUCGGGAUCUUGCUACGAGAAACUGUCUGGUUAGUCAGGGCAACCACGUGAAGGUCUCGGAUUUGGGACCAGGACGAAGCGCCUACUCGGCCGACUACUUCAAAAUCGAGGGUCGACCAGCGAUGCCCAUACGCUGGAUGGCUUGGGAAUCGAUGCUCGUGGGUAACUACACGUCGAAGAGCGACGUGUGGGCGUUCGCCGUGACGUUCUGGGAGAUCCUGACGUUCGCACGCGAGCAGCCGUUUGAAGAACUGCCGGACCAUCGCAUUGUCGAAAACGCGACGUACUUUUACCAGGAGGACGAUAGGAGGCUGAUACUGCCGCUACCGAAGAACUGUCCGAAGGAGAUGUACGACCUGAUGCGCGAGUGCUGGCAGCGCAACGACUCGGACCGGCCGAACUUCCGCGAGAUCCAUCUGUUUCUUCAGCGCAAAAAUCUCGGCUACAAGCCCAACCGAAACGACACCUGAUACAGAGAACUCGAAGGCUGGAACCUCAUCCGGCUUUCCAUGAUGGGCGAACUCAACGGUAACUGGUGGGAGCCGAGCAGCUGCACUACUGCCAGCGCUACUUCGACAGCCGAUUGAACGUGCUGCGACGUAUACGACAGCCCGAAAUGACAAAGAUCAAGACAGAGCAGCUCGACAAUAACCGCGCGCGCGCUUCCCUCUCGAUAUAUCGAUGUGUACGUGUCUGUCCUCGAAUCGAUGUUCGAUAAUGCGCUAUCAUCCUUCAAAACUCGCCCUUACCCUCUGCUGUACCAUACACGCGAAUGAUUUAGUUCUUCCGUGGAUAUAUAUAUAUAUACAGAAAACGGUACUUUCGGUUUUGGGGUGCUUGGAAUUUUUCGGUUUCGGCUUUCUACGUUUCUCUGUUCUCGGGAGGAAGGUUAUACGUACGGACGGAGCGAGAUCUCGAGGUUUAGGGUGCGUGUUAUGUUCCCAAGAUCGAGCUUCUCGCGUGUAAUAAGAAUGAAGAAGUUGUCGUUUAAUAUUGAAAAGAAAAAAAAAUGUUCUCACGACUGUUGUUUACGCAUAUGAUGUAUACUCUAUACUAUACCACUUGUUUCGCAGAGUUGUACUGUUGACCAUAUGCUUGCGUUUAUAUACAUAUACGAUUUGAUACGAAAAGUAAUUGAUAAAAAAAAAAGUCAAAAACAAAAAGCAGCAGCAGCAACAAACGGUACGAUAAUAAACUUCCCACGAACGUAAUUUUAACGAAAUGCAGACGAGGCAGCAAUUAACGAACACUAUUUAUCGUCAGUUGGCAUUUUCACAGCACAUUUGAAAUAUAACUCUGUUAGCUACCUGAUAAAUUUAUAAGAUGGUAUCCUAUGUAAAUGAAUAAAAAGUUAUGAUAAAAAAAA